GGCUCGAAGUUUACGGCCCAAUGUUUUUGCGGCACCAGUAUCUCCACAACAAAAGUUAGCGAUGUGUACUGCGAUACCCGUUGCAACAGUGACCCGUCGGAGAUAUGUGGUGGUACCUUCUACCUCUCCUUGUAUCAUGGCCCUACUGUCCUAGCCAAGACGGCCUCGACUAUUAACUAUGUCAAUGCAGGCUGCUGGUCAGACACGGACCCAAUCAACAGAGCUUUAAACAUCUCUGAGGCUGGCGCGUUUGACUCUUCCAAGCCGACCCCGCAGGUUUGUACUGGUAUCUGCGGUUCAAAGGGCUACCCCCUCACUGGUGUUGAGAACGGAACGAGCUGCUUAUGCGACGUUGCUCUCACGGACGGAACUGCUGCUCGCCCACCAAGAAGCUGCGACGUUACCUGCUCAUUA